CCUGCCCGGCCCGCGCCUUCCCCGGGGCCGCGCCGCCUCCAUCGCCGCCUAUUUCGGGGCACAGGCGGCGGGGCCGCUCGGGCGGGCGGCGGCUCCGGCUUGAGGUUUGGAUUUGCUUUGGAAGUCACAGAGCAGUUGCUGCCUCGUUCUACCUACAUUCAACUUUUAAUACAGUAGUAGUAUUACAAACAGCAAAAAAAGGUAUGUACUGAUAUAAUACUAGUUUAGUUUUGACUAAGACUUAAAUCUUCUGAAAAUGGCACUGGGCUGAUACGGAUCAGACAACUAAACUUGUCUCUUAAAAGGUCCAUAUUUUUAUAGCCAAAUAUUUUUUCCUUCUGCUGCCAAGUUUUCUGUGGGUGAGCUGGCAUAUGCUCCCUUUGAGGACUGGCACGAGUCGAUAAGCACUCAGCAUGAUGAAAGCAGUGUACAUUUUACUGAACACAGGCAAUUGUUGCUCUUUAGUAAUUCCUUUCAUUCAAAGUCUGUCUCAAUGAUUUGGUUUUUUCUCCCCUAAGUAAGGAGCAAAACUCAGAGUGCAGUGUAAACACUAAUGAGAUAUAUAGGAUAACAAAGCAUAAUUUCGCCUUGGACCCUCCAUGUUGAAGUUCAAAUCUGAAGCCACAAUUGUGAAAUUACUUGUGUUAGUGCCAUUUAUUGCAAGAGCAAUGUUUUAUUUUGUUUUAUACUAGUUUAGAUUUAUAUAACAGAUUGGAUGGGUAAAGUCACUGAGUGACAGUAUUUGGCCUACUUGUGUAUUUUUCUAAUGUUCAAGAAUAAUAAAUCUAUUUAGAGACAGGCUUUCUUAAAGCCUUGGUUGUAUUCAAGUGUCCAUGUUUCUUGUACAAAGGAUGUGGUUUAUACAAUGUGUCUUUCUAUGAUUCUUUCAAGGUAGCCUACUGGGAAUUAUGUUUCCCAUUCAAAUUAUGCCAAAAUACAUUUUGGGAGGUAACAGGCUUUAAAAGGAGCAUUACAGUACGUAGAGGAGUGAAAAUUGUUCUGUUUACUGAUGUACUGUUCUUGAAGACAGGCUCAAAAGCCAGUGAGGCACUAAUUCACAUGUGUAUUUGUGUGGGUUUUAAGACUCAUGCAGCUUUUUGACAGCACUGCCAGACAGCAGCACGGUUCUGAAACAGUGGGAGCUCUUUGGCUGAGUUAUUUUACCCCAGAUAAAUAAGCUUGUUUUAACUGCUUGCCCAGUGAAACUAUCUCGAUGCAAACUUGAGAACUGAAUUAAUUUGAAUGUUUUAUUUCAAAGUGUCACAUUUGUAUUUCUGCUUUCCAGCUGCCUUCCUGAGAGACAGGGUGUAAUUCUUAUUUAUAAUAUUCUGUUGUUGGGGGGACUUGCACUAGGAACAUGACAGCCAGACACAAUUCAAGAUGUUCAUGUUCAUUCCCUUUCUACUCCUCUUCUGAAAGCUACCCAGUGUAUCAUCAUGGGUAGAGUUUUCUCAGCUGUUCUUCACCACGAGGAGAGCAGAUUCUGUUUUGCUUUAUAGGUGAGGAGCUGAGACAAGCAUGAAAUGUUCCAGCUUUAGACACCUGAGGGAAGACUAUGCCUCUAGAAUCAAUAUAAAAGUAACCUUCAGCACUGUUCCCUGGAUGUACUCUUUUGCUUUCAUUUGAGAGAUCCAGGGAGAUAAGCUGGAAAGACCAAGUAAGCUGAAGCUAGGCAGUGAUACUCCAGAAGAUCUGCCCAAUGCAGCAAAAUCAGUCAAAAUACAAGUAUGCUAAGUUUCAUUCCCGAGCACAACAAUUUUCUGUUUCUAAAUGGAAGAGUGGAUCUGAGGGCGUUCUUGUAAUGCUUUUGCCUGUCAAGUUAUUGAAAAUUGUGUAUGUUUCAUCUUCCUCUUCCCUCAGGAGACAAGUAUCUCCAUACCUGACAGGAAACAGGAGACUUUGUUCUGAAAUAAUUGAUAAGUGUGAAGCAUGAGGAUCAACUCUGCUGUUCAGGCUGCUAUUGACCUCACAGCAGGUGCUGCAGCUUACACUUGACACUUCCAGUCUCUGGAAAGAAAUGUGCUUAACAGCCACCUGGAGUUUUGAAGUGGGACAGCCUGUGUCGUGACUGGCCAGCCCUUUGACACCGCAAAGGUGAAGAUGCAGACGUUCCCCAACAUGUACAAAGGACUUGUUGACUGUUUUGUCAAAACCUAUAAGCAAGUGGGAUUUCGAGGCUUCUACAAGGGAACCACACCAGCACUUGUAGCCAACAUUGCAGAGAACUCCGUUCUGUUCAUGUGCUAUGGAUUUUGCCAACAAAUUGUGAGAAGAAUUGUUGGAGUAGACAGGAAAGCAAAGCUCAGUGAUCUACAGAAUGCUGCUGCAGGCUCCUUUGCCUCUGCCUUUGCCACCCUUGUCCUCUGUCCCACAGAGCUGGUGAAGUGCCGGCUACAGGCCAUGCAUGAAAUGCAGUUGUCAGGAAAGAUAAUCCAGGGACACAAUACAGUUUGGUCAGUAGUGAAGGGUGUUAUCCAAAAGGAUGGUCCCCUUGGAUUUUAUCGUGGCCUGUCAAGCACUUUGCUGCGGGAAGUCCCGGGCUAUUUCUUCUUCUUUGGAGGGUAUGAACUGAGCCGGACAUUUUUUGCCUCUGGGAGAUCAAAAGAUGAAUUAGGCCCCAUCCCUUUGUUACUCAGUGGAGGUUUUGGAGGCAGCUGUCUGUGGAUUGCUGUGUAUCCUGUGGACUGUGUCAAAUCUAGAAUUCAGGUUCUUUCAAUGGCUGGAAAACAGGCAGGCUUUAUGGGAACAUUUGUAACUCUUGUGAGAACUGAAGGCGUGCUGGCCUUGUAUUCUGGACUAACGCCAACUAUGAUCCGUGCAUUCGUGGCCAAUGGGGCACUGUUCCUUGCCUACGAGUACAGCCGGAAACUUAUGAUGAAACAAAUAGAUUCUUACUGAUACCGCCUAGCAGACCAAGAACAAGAGAUUGUUUAAGGGUCAUUUAAAUAAAUGAUGAAAAACACAUAGAUCACAUGAUGGUCUGAGUAGAACCAAAUCAGUGACCUAAUUUUAGGAACUCGACUCCAGUUUAAGAUUUGUAAUCUUUUAAAAUCAGGUGAUUUUAUGGAGGUGUGUAUAUGUUGUUUGAAUUGCACAAGCAGAACUAUCUCUCUCUUACAGAUUCUGCACUAGGUACACUACAUGUCAUAAAUGUCUUUCCUGACCUGUACUGGUGCUAAAAAUAUUUACAUUGACCUGUGGGGUUUAAUGUAACAUACAAGAGUAGGUUGUGAGUUGUCUACAGCACAGCAUUGGUUUUAAAACUGUGCUGCAGUUGUGACCUUUUGCAGUUGUUGCUGAUGUCUGACUCAAAAUAACAUCAGUUCUUGUCUGAUCUUGCUGAGUAUAAUGACUUGGACAUAUCCCUCACCUAAAGAGACCUUUCCUUUUCCAGCUACACUCCUGUCCUGCUCUGGCUCCCUGCUGCCCUGUGACUUGCUAAGGUCAUGGAAGAGGGUCUGACUUACGUACUCUGUCCUAGUGAAUGGGUUUAUAAAAGUAGGAAACACUCACCUCUUACCUUAUAUGAGACUUAGAGCCCGAGAUAUGCCUACAUUUUUUGAUACAAGAAGCACAGCAACAACAUUAAGGAGGCUAUGCUGCAUUGCAUUGUUCCCCAAAUCUUUUGAAGAAGUGCUGGAGUAUGCUAAGCACCACUUGGCAUAAGGGACACUGCUGAAAAUAGCUGCUGCCUCUGAGCACAGAAUUGUAACUUUGUGCAGGCUCCCAUUUAGAUCACCUUGGCAUGAAUAAGGUCACACGCUGGAAGGACAGGAAGCUGAAGAGGAACAGAAAUCCAGAACUGAGUUGUUAACUGACACCAUGGUCUCUGACAUAGCAGUCUUACUGGGACUGGAGUCUUGCCCUUGCUGUGCCUCUUCAGCUGAGUGGAAAAAGCUCAUAGCUUGUAUCACCUUCAGGCCUGGAGGGUGUGCAUGGCCUGCUUGGUCAUGUUAUUUGAUUUAAUAUGCAGUUAGUCAGUAUUACCCAAAAUGAUACAGUGACACCUCUUUCCAGAUGCCCCUUUUGUUCUUCAAGUAGAAUGCUCUUUCUACAAGCAUGUUCUACUUUGUAAGAAGCAGCUACUGCCUUAUCCUGGAAUAAGUCCAGCAGGUCUUAGAACAGUACAAACUUGUCCUGAGUUGUACAGAGAUGCUGCCUGGGUGCUCUAACUGCAGCCCACCACUGUGGGGGCAGUGGUGGGCACAGACUCUUUAACUCCCUUUAACUCACUGAGAUCAUCACAGCUAUGUGGAGAUUAGCAGCUUGUCACAGCAACCACAUUUGUCAGUGACAGAGCUGGAACAACCUAGUUUUGCAUGUUACAGCUUCCCUUUCAGAUCCCAGAAAUAACAAGCUUUAGGCAUAGAUGAAAUCACCUCACUACCUGCUGCCUCUUGCCGUGGAGCCAGGGUGCACUUAAACUGGCUCAUUCCUUGCAUUGUUGCAGCCUCUUUGAUGGAAGGUGGUUGCUCCAGUUCCACAAAAUUCUCUUGCUCCUCCAGCCUCCAAGUGCAGAAAGAACAAUUCAUCUCCCUUUCAUACACCACGAGAAAAGGCAGUUAAAGUGGGACAUGGCUGAAGAAUCUUCAGUGUCUAUUGCACCAGUACAGCUUGACUGACUGUACAAUAGGGGCAGCACUACUCUGCAUUGCCAGUACUUUAAAGGGAAUUUAUACGAAAUGUUUAAAUGAUUCAGGUAGGAGGAUGAGGCUUUAAGAGUUGUUAGACAUCCCCUUCUUUUCAAAGUUGUCUAGCUAAGAUAAAUAGUAUAUUUGUACAUGUUUCUAAUAGUUAUGAAAAGGUGAGGACAGACUCCACCUCAGUGGAAUACUUCAAUCUAUUUCUUAGAUUUGUCUUUGCUUUCAUUUUUUAAAGCUCAUGGUUGCAGUUUUUAAUACAAAAAUGGAAGCUUCAAGAGAAGCAGGGUAUUUAAAACAACCUACAGCAAGAAGCUGGUGGCAUUUUUGAGAGUUUACCUUCUGAAGUUGAUGUAAGCAGUAAUUUUUCCAUUCAGAGCUGCUUAAGCUGUACACAUGUAUCAGUUGUUCAGCUAAAAACUUCAUGAUGUUGGUAUAAGAAUUCACAGAAAUAAAGUUUCAUUUGAUUAA